UCAAGUAUUAGUUGCUUACUUAUUCAGAUGAAAAUGGAGGUGCGCGUUGGAGUCGUUUUGGCUGCUCUCUCUCUGUCUCUGUUUUCGUACUGUUGCUCUGCCGCUAGUCUGAUAACACCUCAGGACGUACUUAAUGGGAAAGUAGGUGGAGAAAUCGAAUUUAAUUUGUCAAUUGAUCCAGUCGAUCAAACGGCGAAUUCUGGAACCUGGACGUUUGGUUCGAAAAUUGUUGUGACCUGGGCGAACUCAAGACCGACUUAUACAAAGGAUUAUAAAGGAAGGGUCGAAUUGUACCCCGCCACUGGCACUCUUAAAUUUAAUAAACUGUUUGCUAAUGACUCCGGAGAAUACACAGUGGCGAUUACAACAGCUCCGUCUAAUCUCAAUCUAGGUGGAAGAGUUCAGUUAAAAGUGUAUGAACUUGUUUCUAAUGUCACGAUAACGGCCAAACCUGGACAGCCAAUAGAAAACAAGAAUUUCUCUCUGACCUGUGAUGCAUCUGGACAGGUGGAUUCAAUACACUGGGUAAAGAACGAUCAGCCUGUCUCUCCAUUUGGCCACAUCACCUUGUCUGCAGACAGUAAAACACUGUCCUUUAAUCCUGUACUGCGGUCAGAUAAUGGUGGUUAUAAGUGUACAGCAUCCAACCCAGUCAGCAAGAUGAGCAGUGAAGUAUAUACAUUGACUGUCAGCUAUGGACCUGAGCAAGUGUCUAUUAGUGGAUCAUCAGAUGUAACUGUUGGAGCAGAAGUCAAGUUGACAUGUUCUGCUGUGUCUCAGCCCCUGCUAUCUUUACCUGGUAUCUGAAUGGGACGUACAUAGGUGAAGGAGCGGUGUACUUAAUCAAAUCAGUCCAAUUAAAUCAUACAGGCGAUUACACCUGUGAGGCUUUCAACUCUGUUACUGAAGAAAAGAGGUCAGC